CUGUCUCUUCGUUUACAUACAUCUCUGCAGAAGUAACAGGCACUCUCCCCAGUGGGCUCCUGGUUGCAGAGCUCCGAGACCUCACGUAGACACAACUGUGUGAGAAGCAGAGGGGAGGAAAGACACAAGCCCGGAGGCCCUGCCUUUUGUGCGGGGAAGGCCCAGGUCCCUGCCUGCCUCAACAAGGCCACGAUGAGUCGAGGGGCUGCUUUUAGGCACCUGCUCCUGGUGCUGCAGUUGGCGAUGCUCCCCGCGGUCCCUCUGGAAAGAGAGGUGGUGUUGGCGAAGGUGGGAGACACAGCGGAACUGCCCUGCCAUGCUACCCCGGGGAAGAACAUAGGCUUCAACUGGAAACAUUCUUCCAUGCUCAAGAUUCUGGGGCGUCAGGGCUCCUUCUGGCUUACAGGUGUCUCCAAGCUGAGGCAUCGCGUCGAAUCGAAAAAAAACCUGUGGGACCAAGGAUCCUUUCCUCUGAUCAUCAAGGAUCUUGAAGCAGCAGACUCAGGGGUUUACUUCUGUGAGGUAGAGGGCAAGAGGCAAGAGGUGGAGUUGCUGGUGUUCAACUUGACUGCCAAGUGGGACACCGGCAGUGGCGGCAGCAGCAACAUCCGCCUGCUGCAAGGGCAGCAGCUGACCCUGACCGUGGAGGGCCCCUCUGGUAGUAGCCCUUCCGUGCAAUGGAAAGGUCCAGGGAAUAAAAGCAAGAGCAGUGGCCAAAGCCUCUCACUGUCUGGGGUGGAGCCGCAGGAGAGCGGUACCUGGACAUGCACCAUCUCCCAGAACCAGAAGACAGUGGUGUUCAACAUAAACAUCUUGGUGCUGGCUUUCCAGAAGGUCUCUAACACAGUCUAUACAAAAGAAGGGGAGCAGGUGGAGUUCUCCUUCCCGCUUAACUUCAAAGAUGAAAACCUGAGCGGGGAGCUGAGGUGGCGGGCAGAGGGGACUCCCUCUUCCCGGCUCUGGAUCUCCUUCAUCUUGGAGAAUGGGAAGCUAUCUUUGAAAGAUACUCACCACACCAGACUCCAGAUGAAGAGUUUUCCCCCGCUCAGCUUUAUCCUGCCCCAGGCUUUGUCUCAGUAUGCUGGUUCUGGAAACCUGACCCUGAGUCUUGCCAAGGGAACAUUGCAGCGGGAAGUGAAUCUCGUGGUGAUGAGAGUGACUAAGUCUCAGAACAAUUUGACCUGCGAGGUGCUAGGACCCACCUCCCCUGAGCUGACUCUGAGCUUGAACCUGGAAGAGCGGGCUGCCAAAGUCUCGAAGAAGCAGAAGCUGGUAUCGGUGGUGGACCCUGAGAGGGGAACAUGGCAGUGUCUACUGAGUGACAAGGACAAAGUCCUGCUGGCCUCCAAGGUCGAGGUUUUGUCCCCAGUGUUCACCAAGGCCUGGCCAAAGCUCUUGGCCAUUGUGCUGGGCGGGAUCUUAGGCCUUCUGCUUUUCAUUGGGCUCUGCAUCUUCUGCUGUGUUAAAUGCUGGCACCGCAGGCGCCAGGCAGAGCGGAUGUCUCAGAUCAAGAGACUCCUCAGUGAGAAGAAGACCUGCCAGUGCUCCCACGGGCUCCAGAAGACAUGCAAUCUCAUUUGAGGCGCAGGGCCAGGGGAGUUUCCGGCUUGCUGCCUCCCCAGCAGUCUUUCCCCUGCCUUUCCUCCUGGGCUCCUGGGCCUUCGGACCAGAUGAAUGUAGAAGACCCCAACACUUCCGGCCCACUCCUGCUCUCCUUUGUCCACACUUGGCCCUUGGUCCUCCUCUUGCAGAGGCUUACAGCAUUUCUUCCCCAUUUCCUUUGCAUCAAGCCUAACCCUAUCGAUGAUUUCUUCCUAGCUCUCUCCCCCAUGGCCCACUGGUCCCUGGGGAAUCACGUGGGACCAGCCCUGCCUGGCUUGGAGGGCAAGGCUGGGUGUCUGAAGCAUGAAGCACAGGACUGUCAUUUUACUGGAUGGGACCUUGGGACCAGAGGAGGCAGGGACCAGCCCAAGAUCACACAGCCAGAGGAGGGUAAAUCCAGAUCCAAAGGCUCGUGACUCAGCUGCCUCCAUGGCUCCAUUUGGCCUGCAUCUCACUCUGAGUUGGCAGGACACAGACUCACAUCGUGACCUGUGCACAAACAGGCAACCCUGGACCCACACCCAUGUACAGAGCGCACACUUGUGCACAGACAUGAUUCCUUAUCCAAGCAGUACGUGUCAGUUUAUGAGCCAGUUUCACAUCCUUUGUCUGUUUAAACCUUAAGAAGAUCUUACAGAGCUUAGUAGUGUCAGGACCAAGAUUAGCAUCUCCAAUUUAUAGGCCAGAAAUGGAACUCAGAGAGGUCAGCUGAUUGCCCAAGUCACACAGCUAGUCAGUGCCAGAGGACUAGCCCAGGUCUCCUCAAGCCUAGUUCCAGGGCCGUACCCUGAACACAGAGACAAGUACCACGCGGGUCUCUGUAGCUGAUUAGUCACUGCUGUCCAGGACCCACCUCUGGAUUCAUAAGAGCACACCACCCCAGGCAGGGCCUGCCUCAGAGAGUUCAGAAACACGGACAGAAGCCUGUUGCCAGAGGACAAAGCUGUCAGUCCUCCUAAUCAGAGCACAGGCUGGGAGCAUGGGCCCUGUGGGAGAGAGUGCCCAGUGACCUACCACUCACCCUGUUGCAGAACCUUUUGGAAGGUGAGCUUUGCCGGGGGGAGGGGCUGGGGAGAUGGCUGGAGAGGGAACCCUCUGAGGGGACGUCUUGUGAAGGCUGACAGAGCCGCGCUUCAGGCCCCCUGCCCUGUACUUUCCUUCAGCCCCCCCCCACACCAUCCAGGAUACAAGAAAAUUGGGGUUACAAGUAGUCUUCUUCCUCCUCUUCUUGAUCCAUUUCUCUCAGGAUCCCCAGCCUCCUCUGCCUCUCCUUCCUUCCCUUUCUCACCACCUGUCUCAGUCCCUACCCCCUCUCCCUAGUCUCCUCUUUCCAGCUUGCCCCUUCCAGGAGGGCUCCCCACUGCUUGCUUGCUAUUCCUGCCCACUCCUGCCCCUGCGUCCCUGAGCUGACAGAAAAAUACAAUAUACUUACUGUAAAGAAGA